UGAAUUUCAAAUUGUACAAUUGAGUCUUAGUGCCAUUUACAGUUAAGAUCGGAGGAGAACAGACGGAUUCUAACGAGACAGAAGGGAACUACUUCUUGAAAGACAAUAUGGAACAUCUUACAACUAAUUUAAUUCUGCUAGCUGUAAUAAUUUCGUGUGUUUUCGCAUUGGUACCAAAAUCUAAAAUGAAAUGUGAAUGUACGUGUUCUCCUACAAGUAAUCCAUCAAAGAAAUAUCUUGCUGUUGGAAAUUUGGAGGCUUCUUUUAAACCCAAGACUGAAACUGUAAUAAAAACACAAACAAUUCCUCCAAGUGUUCCACAGGAGUUAUUAGAUUCGCCAUUCAGGAAUGUGGACUCUUCUACAAAACAGGACUCAAAGAGUCCUAUAAGCAAAACUAUUAAAGAAUCGGAAGCAGAUUCCAAGUCUUUACCCAUAAAACAGAAAUUACCUAUUGUAAAGAAGGUAGCUAUACCACCGGUGCCACCUGUACCGCCCGUACUAAGUUACUCCUCUAAUCCAGUGAUAGAAAGCACGGUAUCACCGACAACUGCGACGGUACGAACCGAUUCUCCUAAUGACCUAAGUGUAACUCCGUCUGCUUUUCGAAAGGCACAGAGGAUGACGUUAAAAGAGUCAAACGAACCUCCAAUAAACAAAGUUCUAAAAAGCCCGAUAGAUUCCCGGAAAAUUAAUCAGUUGACAAAAUCAGAGGUUAUUACACUCGAUGAUAUCAUUUUCGGUAAGGUGCCGUAUGACUUUGGUUCUAGAGGUAUUCAAAGAAAAUUCUUGACUGAAACGAAAGAACUGGACGCUAAAACUAACACACCAAGCACACUGGAUUACUCGAAAACAACUGUAAAUAAAACCACUUCUGCGAAGACAAUGAUCACGGAAACAACAGCCUCAAAAACGCCUAAAUCAACAUCGGGUGCACCUGAAACGACUAUCUUAGAAACUACAGUUACUGAAACCACGACCCCAGAAACAACAACCAUCGAGGAAACUUCAUCUACCACAAGCCUUCCGACUGAAAUGUUAUUAUCAACAACACCAACAACAAUAACAACUACAUAUGCGCCUACAACUAUGCCGACGACAACCAAAUCGAAAUCUAAUCGUGGACUUUUGCCACUUUUUAGAACAGCAUACUCAAAAAAGCCAAAGAAUCCAGAAACACCUAAGACGACAAACGCUCCAACUAGUCUGAAUAGCAAACCUGAAACCAAAACAGUUACAACAAUAAAAACAGUACCAACAAAAACAACACCAACUCCAUCAACCACAACUCAAAAGCCAACAACAACAACAAGAGCCCCUUCCUCCACUAGAAAACCGAGACCAACACUUCAAACUACACAAAGGCCUUCAACGAAAAAACAACAAACGGCUCCAAAGAAAUCGACGUACAAUGUACAACGUCCAAAACUUGACAACUCAGCUCAAAGUAUUGUAAAGUCACUUAUUUCUCAAAAUCAAGUUAAUCCAUCGUAUUCUUUUAGUGAAUCUUUCAAAAGAAACACUAUUAAAAACCUACUUGAUGCUUUUAAACCAAAUUACAUGAAAAAAAGUCUAUACACAGUAACGCCAAAUCCACGACCAAAACAAGCCGAAGUCGUCCAACCCUACCGUCCUCCAGCAGCCGGACCUUCGAGGAUGCAACUUCCUGUUAGUGAAAUUCAGUUUGGGCAUUUUGAUGAGCGAGUAAGUCGAAUCGCUCCAACAUACCAAGUACACUCCCUGGGAUCUCUGUCUAGUAUGCGCGGACAGCCACCUCCUAGUCAACAAGUUGCUGUUGUGAACUCUCAAAAUUCUCCACAGCAAGUCGUCUAUCAAGACCGAGUACAAAGUAGUCCGGAACGAAUGAACUGGAAUCCAGUUCAAGAGGCAAAAAAAUGGGGAGAACCUGUUCGAGAGGCCAAAAAAUGGGGAGAACCCCCAAACUGGGCACUUUCACAGCAACAGGUACAGCAGUCACCGUUACAACAACAACAACAACUAGCCUGGAACUCACAGAACCGACAAUCAUGGAACUCACAACAACUUCAACAACAACAACAAACAAACCUUGAACCACAGAAACAGAGUUUUCCUUCGCCUGGUUUCGCAAUCGCAGGAGAGACUCCGCAAGUACCACAAAAAAUAAAUCCUCCCUUCCCAGGCUUACAAUUACCUCCUAAAAGUCAAAGCCCUAUCGACUUCCGUGUGCAUUAAUCAAUGUUAAUAAUUUAUCAACAUUAGUGUUGGUGCUUUAAUCACUAUUUAUGGACUAUUGGUUUUGUGAGGAGCUGUGAUUGUGUUAUUUGUAUGAAUUCAAUAAUUUUGUUAUUUUUAUUUAUUAUUUUUAUCUUAUUUCAAUUAAACAUCCUUUUUAUACUCUUA